UGCAUUGGAGGUACUUUUGACUGACUUUUUAUUCGAAUCAUUCGAACCAUUGAUUGAAUGAUUGAAUGAUUUAAUUAAGUUUUCAUUGAAUUCUAUAUUCACAUCAAUAGAGUCAUUGAUAUUGUCAUCAAUUUUAUGAUAGUUUUCAUUAAUAUAUCACUCAUUCCUCAAGAGUUAAGUCUCAAGACAUCAAUCGACUUGUGUUACAAACAUGUCUUUAGCCGAACAACAGUUGGAUAACAAUACAGAUGAUGAAGAAGAAUCAUUCUUCCAGGACAUCGAUAUUCUUCAGAAUCAUGGAAUAAACAGUGCGGACAUUAAGAAACUGAAGAGUUCAGGCAUUUGUACGAUAAAAGGUCUUCAAAUGACAAUUAAGAAGAAAUUGAUUCAAAUUAAAGGUUUAAGUGAAGCAAAAGUGGAUAAAAUACGAGAGACGGCCAACAAAUUGUUUGCCGACUCACUGUUCUUAACGGCCAAUCAGGUGUCAGUUAAACGCAAACAUAUCUUUAAACUGCAGACCGGAUCUCAAGAGUUUGAUAAACUCUUGGGCGGAGGUAUUGAAAGUCAGGCCAUCACUGAAGCGUUCGGUGAAUUCAGGUGUGGAAAGACACAGAUUUCACAUACACUUUGCAUCACGUGUCAACUACCGGGUGAUAACUUUUCGGGUGGAAAAGCAAUGUUUAUCGACACCGAACACACCUUUCGUCCCGAAAGACUUAAACAAAUAGCGUCGCGCUUUGAUUUGGAUGAAGACUCGGCACUGGAGAAUGUGCUGUACGUGAGGGCCACUACUAGUGAACAUCAAUUUGAAAUAUUAGACGCAGUGGCCGCCAAAUUUCACGAAGAAAGCGGUCAAUUCAAACUGUUAGUCAUUGACUCAAUUAUGGCAUUGUUUAGAGUCGACUAUUCGGGUAGAGGAGAGCUAUCGGAGAGACAACAAAAAUUGGCACAAAUGUUAUCAAAGUUGCAGAAAAUCAGUGAAGAAUAUAAUGUGGCCGUCUUUAUCACUAAUCAAAUGACAGCUGAUCCGGGUGCUACAAUGUCAUUUCAAGCCGAUCCCAAAAAGCCGAUCGGAGGACAUAUUCUGGCGCACGCUUCCACUGUACGCAUAGCUCUACGUAAAGGUCGUGCCGAGAGUCGCGUCGCUAAGAUAUACGACAGUCCAGACUUAGCCGAAAGUGAAGCCACUUUUGCCAUAACUGAAGGAGGAAUUGCAGAUUCAAAGGAUAGCUAAUUAAUUAAUUAAUAUUUUCAAUACAUUAAUACAUUUAUUUUCAUUUACAUGUUUGGGUUAUUGUUUUUUUUUUUAAAUUAUUAUUUUGUUUUCAUAAUAUAAGACAUACA